AGGAGAGAGGAAGCUAAGAUGGUGUUCUGGGUUUUUGGAUACGGAUCGUUGGUGUGGAACCCUGGAUUUGAAGUGGAUGAGAAGGUUGUAGGGUUUAUCAAGGAUUACAGGCGUGUAUUUGAUCUAGCGUGCAUUGAUCAUAGGGGCACGCCAGACCACCCUGCCAGGACCUGCACCCUGGAGAAAUGUGAAGGAGCUAUCUGUUGGGGUGCUGCUUAUUGUGUGCGUGGCGGGGAAGAAAGAGAGAAGGAAGCCAUGGAGUAUCUGGAAAGAAGGGAAUGCGAGUAUGACAAGAAGACAUUGGUAAAGUUUUAUAGAGAGGGUGAUUCUGAUGUGCCCUUCUUGGCUGAUGUGAUAGUGUUCACAUCGACCCAGGACAAGAUAUCGAACAAAUACUACUUAGGGCCUGCGCCACUGGAAGACAUGGCCUGGCAAAUCGCGACAGCCUACGGUCCUUGCGGGAACAACAGGGACUAUCUUUUCCUGUUGGAGAAGGCCAUGUUCGAUAUAGGUCAUGAAGAUGACUAUGUUAUCGAGCUUGCGAAUGAGGUUCGGAAGGUUCUUGGAAUGACAAAAGGCGACUCUCCUAAGGAGAAGAAGUUGCUUGGCGCUUCUUAUGUCCCCCUUAAGUCAAAUUUGUCACCCCUCAAAGUCAAGGCUUUAGCUUGAUGAAGGUUCCAUGGAUCUAACUUGCACUAAUAGAAGAAGAUUUGGGUAUGAUGAUGAAGGUAUGCUCUAACAAAAGUUGCUGCUGAUUUUGACUAAUUGUUUUUUUUCCCUCUCUCUAUAUUUUGACAAAGUUGUUGAUGAAAGUUGAGAAAGUCAAAGUUGGGGAUAGCCCCUUUGAGGAUAUUGUUGUAACACCAUUGGCAAUGGAGGAUAUGAUAUUUGACACAUUCUUUAAAGAUAUUUUCAUACA